AUGGGUAUCGCGACAGAUCUCUCUUUUCGGCUCGAGUCUCUCGAGGUCGACGAGCCUUGGAUUGUGGAAAAGAUGAAUUUCGAAACACUCGUGGAGUAUCUCCAACCAUCCAGCACGACAUCGCCUACUGCGGCUGCCCAGAGCAUCGACAACCUGACUCCAAUGAAAAGAACCUUUAUAGGCACCAGCUUUGGAAAGAAGGAGGAGCCAGAGGGUCACAUGUGGGAGAUUUGGGGUCUAUUUAUCGCUAUAUCCAAGCAAGUCCCCCAUGACCAUCCGUCUAUGGAUCGCUUGGUUGCGUUGGUUUAUGCACUUGUCGAGCUACCUCCUACUACUGUGAAGAUCUGGACUCAAGAUACUGAAAUUUGGACUGACCUCCCAAUGCUGGGCCCGAGUUUUGCAGAAGCCUGGAUUGGCCCCGAAUGUUAUCGCGACAAGCUAACCCCUAAAAUAAAAGCGGAAUGGGUCAACUUCAACUCCUUUGCUGCACGUCUAUUAAACCAUGAUAUGGUAUCAUGGUUCAAGCUGACUGUUUGGUCACUGCGCGACGCACUCGAAAGACCUCCACGAGAGGACCUGUUCGACUGUGACGUCGCCGCGGCUGCUCAGUGGAUUAUCCACAGUGGUGAACUCCUAUUCUCUGUCCUUGAAGAUGACGAGGAGGAGCCGGAGACUGAUAAGUUCUGGUCGGGGCCCUUAUGGAACGGAAAGGGUGUUCUUAACGUGGCCCGUUGGGGAUUUUGGAAGCAGCGUUUUAGUGAAAUUAGUGAGAAGGAGACUGGGCAAAUCAGGUCGGCAGCUGAGAUGGCCAGAAUGAAGAUGAACGAGAUUGAACAGAUAGGUGCACAGAAGCAGGAGUAG